CGUCAUGUUUCUGAAAAUUUCCACUCGGAGUGACGCCAUAUGAACGCAGCACGCUUGGUUGGUUGGGCAAGCUGCCGAGGACGAACAAUAGAGCGGAGAGAGUCGAAUUUAGAAGAGCUGGUAAACCUGGAACGGGGUGGAGGGGGGGAGGCAGAUGUGAAAAGACAGGAAGUGAAAACAGCAGCAGCAGCAGCAGCAGCAGCAGCAAAAGCAAACCUUUCGUCGUCUCACGGAGCGAGUUACUGGUUUGCAAGCAUGGCGGUGCAUGUGGCUGGACUUGUGGCUGUGGCUGCCUUUUACGUGGUUAUCCUGCUAACUGGGAUCUUGGCAUCACGCAAAUCAAAGAAAGUGGAGAAGAAAUGCAUUGACAAAAUGAGCGAAGUCACCAUCGUCGGGGGCCGCAACAUCAACGUCCUGAUUGGUGUUUUUACCAUGACAGCAACAUGGGUUGGAGGAGGUUACAUUAUGGGGACUGCUGAAGCUGUUUAUUCUCCAGCUCAAGGUCUCGUCUGGGCUUUUGGCCCUCUCGCAUUUCUUUUGAAUUUCCUGUUAGGAGGAUUGUUUUUUGCCAAACAAAUGAGGUCCAAACGCUACGUGACCAUGUUGGACCCAUUUCAGAAUCGCUAUGGCCAAUUGUUCACUACAGCAAUAUUACUUCCUGCUUUGAUCAGUGAUAUUUUGUGGGUUGCCUGCAUCCUUGCUGCCCUAGGGGGGACGAUGAGUAUCAUCCUUGAACUAUCAUCUGUUGUCUCCAUUCUGAUCUCUGCGGCUGUCUCUAUCAUCUACACUUUUUUAGGAGGCCUCUACGCGGUUGCGUACACGGAUAUCAUCCAACUCUCCUUCAUAUUUGUCAGUCUGUGGCUCUGUAUUCCCUUUAUGAUUCUCAGUCCUGUGGUGACUGACCUUGCACAAGCAGCCCAUUGCAAUCAGUCAAACAUCCACUCUUGGGUAGGAGAGCUGAAGCUUGAUGACGCAGGAAAAUGGACAGAUGACUUUCUCAUGUUGGCUUUAGGGGGACUGGCGUACCAAUCUUUAUACCAGAGGAUCCUUGCAGCAGCCUCCUCAUCCAAGGCUCAGGUUACCUGCUUUGCUGCGGCUGGCUUUGCUUUUAUUAUGGGAAUCCCCUCAGUGAUCAUUGGAGCUGUGGCUGCAUCUGCAGACUGGAACCAGACAGAAUAUGGUCUACCCCCACCUUAUGAGCGCGGGGAGGCAGGCAAUGUCCUUCCACUGGCUCUGUCCUACAUCACACCCGGCUGGGUGUCAGUGUUAGGCAUUGGCGCUAUAGCAGCAGCAGUUAUGUCCUCCAUGGACUCAACAUUGCUGUCAUCAGCAUCCAUGUUCACACAAAACAUAUACAAGACAACUUUGAGAAAGCAGGCAUCAGAGAGGGAGCUGCAGUGGGUGAUCAAGAUUAGUGUGCUGCUGGUGGGCCUGGCUGGAACCGGUCUGGCCUUUAAUAAGAGCAGCAUCCUUGCACUCUGGCUGCUUGCGACCGACCUUCUCUACUGCAUUGUGACUCCGCAGCUGGUCUGUGUGGUGCACCUCCGCUCCGCCAAUUGCUACGGCGCCAUCAGCGGCUACGUGAUAGCUGUGCUGCUCCGCGGGCUGAGCGGCGAGCCAGCGCUCGGCAUCCCUCCUGUGCUGCUCUACCUGGGCUGGAGGGAGGAGGACGGCGUCAUCACACAGUAUUUUCCCUUCAGGACUCUGAUUGCGUUCAUUUCUCUGGCGGCUGUCAUUCUCUUGUCAUGGCUGGUCCAGCUGGGCUUCUCUCGCCAGCUCAUUCCGCAGUCCUGGGAUGUUUUGGAUGCAUUCAAAGAGAAAAUAGAGGCAGAAGAGGAGGAAGAGAGACCAGUACAAACUUUCAAUGAGGAAAGGAACUAUGUCUUUAAUACAGCAUUAUAGGCUCGCGGUGUCUGCCAAACCUUGUUUUAGGCGUCUUUAUGCAUACAUUCUUACAUAUUUUCUAUAUUGUAGUUUCUUCUACAAAGUAUUGAAUAUUCCCGUGAAAAUGAGCCCAAGGCUUAGCAGGGUGCCUGAAACGAGAGGCUGUUCGACACAAAAUUUAAGGCAACUAUUAAAAUCUCAGGAUUCUGAUUUUAAUGUUGUUGAACCCCAUAUUUAAUCCAUAGCCCCUUUUUCCCUAACAUACAUUUCAAUAGGUUUUCUAUUAGAACUGAUCCAUGUGAUGUGAUUGUAUUCGUAUUCUCUGACCUCUCCAGAAGUUGUUGGACCUCUUUGCACGCAAUAAGAACUGAUCGGGGACGAGACUCCACUAUUGGUGGUGCGACCGUCCUACUCAGAAACUUAUUUUAAGUGUCAAGUGUUUAUCAGUAUCUAACUGGCUUUUUUCUAUUAUUUUUAAGGGGUGUUCUUGAAAAAUGGUUCUCUGUAUUAAUAAUUGAGCUUUCCCCUAAUUAGAUAUUUGAAACGCUGUACAUGUUAUACAUUGUCUUAGAUUCUUUUGGGAUAUCCAUGCAGCGGUUCUGUAAUGACUUGUUUGGGACAGCAGGGGGCGACACAAGAACAUUGGAAGGGUCUAUAUUAGUUUUACAAUGUGCAAAAUAAGACUACGCCAUUGAUGCUUUGAUAGGAUCUUUCCAAUACGAAUAUCAAUUUUGUCUCGUUGUUGCAGCCGGGAUGAGAGUCUUUUUCAGUGUCUGUCUAAGGCCAUUCUAAAUUAAUGCAGGCUGUAUGUGGCCCACGGGCCAUAUGUACCCCACUCCUGAUGUACAAUACAAUACAAUGACAAA